AUGUACGGCAAGUACUCCGUCGUCUCCCGCCGGUUCGAUGCGUGCUGCUGGAACGGUUCAUAUCACAUCUCAUGGUAAUCGUAGGACAUCAGGACAACACGCAGAUGAACUCAAGCAAUAUUGCCAUAGUUUGGGGACCUAAUCUAUUGCGACCACUCAACAGCCGACCGGUAGACGCAUUCAUACACAUGAAAGCACAAGUGAGUCUGUGCCAAAUGCUCAUCGAAUGCUACGACCAAAUCUUCACCACCGACCCCAUCGAUCUGGUUGUUCCACAGGAGGCACGUACACACGUGGAGAAGGGUGUGGGCAAAACCAUUGCGGAAGACUUCGAUGAAACUGAAGACGUGGGAUUCAUUAUGGACGGAGAUGACGAACUCUCCGAG